CGUCUUCAUCGAUCCGUCAGUUCUGUCAACGCGUCAUUUCCGUUUUGGAAGUUGUAAGCGUUGGUGGCGUCGUAUUUCGUCGUUUCUGCCGCUCUUCGUCUGCUGUGCCUGCACGCCGCAAAUAAUACAAAUUUAUACAACGAUCUUCAGUCUCCUGGGAAAUUGAACGACGAACUACAAAAUGGGUGACCGAGACAGAAGCAUGAACAGAUCGACUAGGGUUUACGUUGGAGGCCUCGAAGAUGGAAUCAAAAAGGAAGACCUCGAGGAAGAGUUCCAGAAAUUCGGCAAGCUCACCAGUGUUUGGAUCGCGCUCAACCCACCGGGCUUCGCCUUUGUCGAGUUUGAUAAUAAUGCAGAUGCCGAAGCUGCUUGUGACAGCCUUAACGGUAUUGACCUGCUCGGUUCAAAGUUGAGAGUUGAAAUCGCCAAAGGUAGAUCCAGAGGGGGUGGCCGUGGUGGCGGCGGCGGUUUUAGAGGGGGCAGGGGUGGUCGAGGGGGCGGCGGUGGCAGAGAUGGUGGCUACCGUGAUGGCGGAUUCCGUGGGGGUCGAGGUGGCGGCAGGGGAUUCGAUGGGGGCCGAAGGGGUGGCGGUGGAUUCAGAGGGGGUCGAGAUGAUGGAGAUCGGUUUGGAUCAAGAGAUUUCGGUAGGAGGAGUGACGGUUUUAGGGGGGGUAGGGGUGGCGGUGGACCACCGAGGAGGUUUGGUGGAGACGGUGGUGGUGGUGGUGGAUCCUACAGAUCCAGAUCACCAAUGGGCGGCCAGAGGCGUUAGAAAUGUUACGAGUUAGGAUUAAGUUUUUUUGUAUGUUUUGGUUUGUGAGGCAUAACUUAGAAAUCUUUUAUUUUGUAAUAGUAUUGUGAUAUUUGCCAAGAAUUAUAGGCUUACCUUUUAUGAGGUAUAUAUCACACUAUUAUUACAAUCAUUUUUAUAUGUUGUGUAGGAUUACAUUUAAAAAUCACAUACUCCAACCUGAGUUUUCAGGUGUUUUCUCUUGUAAUAAAUUUUUUGUGUGACAUACUGUAAAAAAAUGGUUUCUUCUGAUCUGGAAAGUUUAGGAACUAGUUUAAAGGAGUGAAGAUAAACUAGGCUAAGCAUAUUAUAUAGUAUUGGUUUAAAUGUAUUUGUAACAUUGACUGGUUUCAUUUACUACCAAUGUGCACAGGUUGUACAACAAAUAUUUUGAUGUAGAAUAGUCACGAAAGCCUGUUAAUAAACCGCAUAAUAUCAGA